AGUUAUGACAGUGCUGUGACGUUAAAAACAAAAUCCCGUUCUUAAAAUUGACUGAAGUUUAUUUACAUAUUUAUUUUUUUAUAUUCAUACAUAAUUUAUAUCAAGUGAAAAUUAUUUAACAUUAUUUAAGUUAAGGUCAAAUCACACAAUAAAUCAUUUUUGUUGUGUUGCAAAAUUAAACUGUCAAUAUUGUUUGACACGAGUUGUUGAUAAACUGCAUAAAUUAAUAUAAACAUUCUUUAGUAUUUCAUCAACAAUGAAAAGAGUUAGAUAUAUUUGUUGUUAUUAAAAUUAUUCGUUACAAUGAAAUACCAGUGAAGUAAUUAUUGGUGAAUUAAAACAACUUCAAAUGUUAUUAAUAAAUUUGUAAAUUGCAAAAGUCAACUGUCAUAAUUAUUGAAGGAUGUCCCUGACUUUCUAUAGAUGAUCUAAUAUGCAAUUUUAAACUAGUCACCAAAUGUUAAUUCAACUGCGUAAAUGAAUCUCCAUUUAAAUCAUCAAGAAAAUAAAUGACAUAUUGAUGACAAUGGCAGAAGACGAAGGUACAGAGUGGUUGAGAGAGCUUUUGCAUGAUGUUCAACUAAGCCAAUUUUUUACUCGCAUAAGAGAUGAUUUACAAGUUACAAGAUUACACCAUUUUGAUUAUGUACAACCAGAAGAUCUUGAAAAAAUUGGUCUUGGUAAACCAGGAAUACGUAGACUAAUGGAUGCUGUAAAAAAAAAACGUGCAUCACAAAGAAAAAAAAAUUUAAUAACAAAAAUACGUUCUGGUAGUAGUGCUAAAAAUAAUAAAAGAACAUUACAACCAAUUGAAAGUACAUCAAUAUUAACAUGUUUAAUACAAGAUAAAGAUGUUAGUCUAUCAAUAAAACUUGGUGAUGGUAGUUUUGGUGUUGUUAGAAGAGGUGAAUGGAAUUCACCAACAGGACGUACACUACCAGUUGCUGUUAAAAUAUUAAAAGCAGAUGCAUUAAAUCAACCAGGUGUUAUUGAAGAUUUUGUAUCAGAAGUACAAGCAAUGCAUACACUUGAUCAUCAAAAUUUAAUUCGUCUUUAUGGUGUUGUAUUAUCACAACCAAUGAUGAUGGUUACUGAGCUUGCACCACUUGGUUCACUUAUUGAUUAUUUAAGAAAACAAUGUGGUCAUAUAUCUGUAUUAAUAUUAUGUGAUUAUGCAUUACAAGUUGCAACUGGUAUGGCAUAUCUUGAAGUUAAAAGAUUUUUACAUCGUGAUCUUGCAUGUCGUAAUGUAUUAUUAAGUUCAUCUGAUAAAAUUAAAAUUGGUGAUUUUGGUUUAAUGCGUGCAUUACCACAACAAGAAGAUUGUUAUGUUAUGACUGAACAUAAAAAAGUACCAUUUCCAUGGUGUGCACCAGAAUCAUUAAAAGCUCGUCAAUUUAGUCAUGCAUCUGAUGUAUGGAUGUUUGGUGUAACACUAUGGGAAAUGUUGACAUUUGGUGAAGAACCAUGGGUAGGUUUAAAUGGUUCAGAAAUAUUAAAAAAAAUUGAUCGUGAUGGUGAAAGACUUCAUGAACCUGAUGCAAGUCCACCAGCAAUGUUUCAACUUAUGUUACGUUGUUGGGCAAGAGAUCCAGCUGAGAGACCAACUUUUGCACAAUUAAAAGAUACUCUAACUGGUAUUUUACCAACAGUUAUGAAAGCAUUAAAUAGAUUUGAUGAACCAGAUAAAAUGCAUAUUGAAAAUGGUGAUCAAAUUGUUAUUAUUGAUGGUAGACCAGAAAAUUAUUGGUGGAAAGGACAAAAUCAAAGAACAUUUCAUGUUGGUGCAUUUCCACGUUGUCUUGUUGAUCCAAUGAGACGUAAACAAGUUGAAGAUAUUAGUAAACCACUUGAAAAUUCAUUUAUACAUACGGGACAUGGUGCACCAUUUGGUAAAAGUUGGGGAUCACCACAAUUUAUUGAUGAUGUCUAUCUUAGAAAUCCAAUGGAACCACCAGAUAUUGUUGGUGUUUCACCAGCUGAUAAAAAAAUAUUUUCAUACAAUACACAAAGAUCACGUAAACAAUUUAAUUAUUCAAAAUUUCAAAAUGAUCAAUCAUCACCAAUUAAAACAAAUAAUUCUUUACCAUCAUUAUCAACAGCAAUAGCAUCAUCAUCUGGUAAUCCACAAGGUAGUUUAAUUGAUUUAUCACCAGAAGAAAUUGCUGAAAAUUCACAACGUAAUAGUGAUACAGCUUGUCGAAGAGUUGUUAAUAUUUUGGAUGAACCAAUUGUUGAUAAUAAUGUUAAAACACAACAAGAUUAUUGGCAAGAUGAUGAAUUAAGAUCUUAUGCUAAUUGUCCAGGUGCACAAUCAAUACAAUCUGAUCCUUUUGAUACAUCAGAAAUAUUUACGAGUCUUCCUCAUUCAAGAUACUAUAGUCGUGUACCACAAGAUGUUGAUAGAUAUUUUAAAACUCAAACAUCUUAUAUGAAUGUGGAGAAUCAAGAUGUUAAUAAUUCAACUAGUAUUAAAAAUGAUAUACAAUCUGUUAAUCAAUAUCAUUAUGAGGUUAAUACAGAUGUUAAUCGUUAUUCAGUUAAUCUUACAAAAGCAAAUAAUAAAAUAACAAAUGAAAAUAUAAAUGUCAAUGAAAAUAUUGUCAAUGAAAGACCAAAAAGUUCUUAUCAUGAUGAACAUAAUGAUAUCAAAGAUAAGCAAAAUAUACGUACUCAAGAUUUAACAAAUUGGCCAGAUGAUUUAUCUGAUGAUAAUAAUCAACAGCAUUAUGAUAAUGUUUCUGUUAAAUCAAAUAAUCUAGAAUUAAAUGUUGUUCUUCCUCCUACUUCUCCUUUUCCAUCUACAUCAUCUUUACCAUCUCCAUCAUUUAUUCCUCCUCCUCCACCUCCUCUUACACCAACUCCAAUACUUGUUGCAACAACAUCAUCAGUUGGUACAAACCAAAGUGUCCUUAAUACCAACACAAAUGACAAUGUUAUUCAAGCAAUGAAUGAAUUAACAAUUGAUACAACUAAUCAUUCACCUAAACAAUUAGAUCCAAUAUUUUUAGCUGAAUUAGAAAAAAAUCUUGGAGUUAAAGAAGCAUCUAAAAAUACAAAUGAAAUUAGUCAAUCAAGUAAUUCACUUGUAACACAUAAUGGUAUUAAUAAAACGUCUGAUAAUACAAGUGGAAUUCCAAUGUUAAGACCACCACCACAAGUUGAUAAACUUCGUUCACCAUCAAUUGAUUCACGUGGUGGUACAAAUUUACCAAGUAAAGUACAAAAUUCUUGGCAAUCUAAAAAUACAAAUAUUCAAAGAUUACAAAGUGGACAAAUGAUUGAAUCAAAUACACAUGCUAUUAUUGGACAAACAUGGCAACAAAUUCAAGCAUAUGGAACUAAAACAAUUGAUCCAAUUCCAUCAUCAUCAAAUAUACUUCAACCAGAACAAGUUGAAAAUUUACAUUUAAAUCAAGGAUCAAAUUUACUUCAAAUUGCACCAGCAAUUGUACAACAACAAAAUAAAAUUGAAAAUUGUCAUAUUGAUUAUAAUUAUUUUCCACUUCAACAACAGCAACAGCAACAACAACAACAACAACAACAACAACAACAACAACAACAACAUAAUCAUGCAUUUACACCGGUAAUGCGACCACCAAGUAUUGCUCAUGUACAAAAUGAUCUUCAAUCAUCUUAUGCAUCUUCAUCUAGACCAUCUUCAUUGCCAUCAAAUGCAAUUUUAUCUGAAAAAGUAUAUGCUGAAUUACGUGAAACAGUACCAAAUUUAAAUCAAUUAUCACAAAGUGAAUUUAAUACACUUUAUAAUAAAACUGUACAACAAAAUAUACUAAGAAAUUAUCACAGUUGUAAUCAAAAUUCAUCUUAUCAAUCAACAAAUAUUAAUACAACAAAUACAAGACAAAAUCAAACAUUACCAAGAAAUCAUGCAAUACAAGAUCAUCCAUUAGAUUUUAGUGCAAGUUUAAAACAACCACCAGUUUAUAAUCCACCACCAAGUUGGAGUCCAAUUAAGCUAUCUCAAAAUGGUGCUAAUCCAAAUACUCGUAUAAAUAAUAAUAAUAAUUCAUUAAGUCAAACAGCAGUUAUUAAUUUUAUGCAAUUUACACCAACUCGUACUACUCCAGUAUCAUCAACAUCAUCAUCAUCAGGACAUAAUCAAACAAUAACAUCAAGAAGUUUAUUACCACAAAUGAAUGAAACAGUUAUUAAUACUCAAUUGGCAGCUCCAGCAUCAGCUUAUCCAGCUGGAAUAAGUCCACCAUUGACAGAAGCAUCACAACAGCUAGUCAUGUCACUUGAUGAUGAGUUUAGAUCAAGUAAAAUAAUGAAAGUACAGAAAGAUACUUGUGAUGCAUCACAACAAGAAAUUCUUGCUGCUUUACAAGCAACUGGCUGGGAUACUAAUCAAGCAUCAAUGCAAAUUAUCAACGAUCGACAAGCAAAGAUUAAUUCACUUACAAGAUUGGGACUUGCCAGUAGACAGCAGUGUGAAGGAGUCUUGAAACAAACUAAAUAUGAUGUUGAACUGGCCGCAUCAAUGCUAGUUGAUCGAGUCAAUAAUUAAUAUAAAUAUAUUAAUUAAUCGAUAAAUGUCAGUUAUUUAAUAAUGACAAUUAUUAUUUUUUUUUUUUAUGUACUAAAAAACGUAGAUACUAUAGAUAAAAGCUUGUUAAUUUUUUAAAUUUCAAGUCGUUGAAGCACAAACAACGAUAAAAAAAGAUAUAGAAACAAAAAGAAAAAGUAUUUUGUUAUGAUAAUAUCAUAAAUUGAAAAUUAGAUACUGUGAUAUGUACUAAUCCACUAAAUUUUUAUUGUCUAAUUAUUUUUUUUUUUUUUUUGUGAUUUAUAAUUAUUCUGAACGUUCAAAUAUUAUUAGCUUGUAAUACAUGUACAUGUACAUUGUAAACAGACAAUAUAAAAUGAUAACAAAAAAAAAAGUUUAAGAACAAGUAGAGAUCAAAUUAUGAUAAGCAGCUUUACUGAUAAAAUAA